AUGCUUCCUGCUUUAGACUUUUCAGCAACAAAGCUACAAUGUGGCGUGAGGCGAACUGAACAGAAGGGCAUUGAAGAUGUCACAGAGGCUAUUUCAGGCCAAAUUCAGAAACCGAUGCAAGAUCCUCUUCCCAGUUCUCCGGAGCCUCCAGCUCAAACAAAGACUUCAGAAAGUACCGUUGUCUGGAAACAAGCCCAGCCUCCUGCCGGUUUGCCUCCUGGUCUGGAAUACCUCAGCCAGUUGGACCAGAUCAUUAUUCACCAGCAAGUGGAGCUUCUCCAAGUUAUUCUUGGGACUGAGACCUGCAGCAAGUAUGAGAUUAAAAACCACCUGGGACAAAGAGUUUACUUUGCAGUGGAAGAAAAUGGUUGCUUUGAUCGUAACUUCUGCUCGCCACUGAGGUCUUUUACCAUAAGGAUUACAGACAACACAGGUCAAGAGGUGAUCACAGUGAACAGACCUUUAAGGUGUAAUAGCUGCUGUUUCCCAUGUUACCUGCAAGAGCUAGAAGUUCAAUCUCCUCCUGGGACUACAGUUGGCUAUGUGGUGCAGAAAUGGGACCCUCUCCUGCCCAAGUUCACUAUCAGGAAUGAAAGCAAUGAAGAUGUGUUGAAGAUAAUUGGCCCUUGUGCAACAUGUGGUUGUUUUGGAGAUGUUGACUUUGAGGUAAAAUCUCUAAACGGAAUGUCAACUAUUGGCAAGAUUUCCAAGUAUUGGUCUGGAUUUGUCAAUAACAUCUUUACCAAUACAGCCAACUUUGGUAUUCAGGUUCCUGUAGACCUUGACGUAAAAAUCAAGGCUGUAAUGAUUGGUGCUUGUUUCCUCCUAGACUUAAUGUUCUUUGAGAACUCCUUGGAUGGAUUGUAA